ACACAGCUGGAGCUCAUGCUCAGUCUAUCAGGAAGCGCACGCAGUAGCUGAGCUUCUCUCUCUCUCUCUCUCUCUCUCUCUCUCUCUCUCUCUCUCUCUCUCUCUCUCUCUCUCUCUCUCUCUCAUUCUUUUUGUGUAAAGAACCGUAAAGCCGCAGGUGAAGCUGGAGGCCAGCGCGCAUCUCUCUCCUCAGUAUGAGCGCAGUGGCAGAGAGAGACAGCCUCCUCCAUGGAGUGACGAAUUAGCCCAAAUGUCCCGACACAUCUACACUCGACACGGGACAAACGACGGAGCCUCUAAAGCCGUCUUUCAGAUCAACAGAGGCACGUAUUCCCGCCGAAGCCGUCUCAAGAGGUCUGAUGGCAGCACUACUUCCACAAGCUUCAUCCUCCGUCAGGGUUCAGCUGAUUCCUACACGAGCAGGCCGUCUGACUCGGACGUGUCUCUGGAGGAAGAGCAGGGCGGACGCCAGGAGAGAGAACAGCAAGCCAUGGUGCAGCUGGAGAGGGCUAAGGCCAAAGCAGUGGCAUUUACUGUAAAGACCAAUGUCAGUUACUGUGGUGCUCUGGAUGAGGAUGUUCCUGUUGCUGGAACUGCCAUUUCUUUUGACACAAAAGACUUUCUCCAUAUCAAAGAGAAAUACAACAAUGACUGGUGGAUUGGAAGACUGGUAAAGGAGGGGUGUGACAUUGGUUUUAUCCCCAGCCCUUUAAAACUGGAGAAUAUCCGUCUUCAGCAGGAGCAGAAGAGGGGACGCUUCCAUGGGAAGUCCAGUGGGAAUUCAUCUUCCAGCCUUGGAGAGAUGGUAUCAGGCACCUUCAAAACUAACCCUCCUUCUGCAGCUAAACCGAAACAGAAAGUGGCUGAGCAUGUUCCUCCAUAUGAUGUUGUCCCCUCCAUGAGGCCAGUGGUUUUGGUUGGUCCUUCAUUAAAGGGAUAUGAGGUGACAGAUAUGAUGCAAAAAGCACUUUUUGACUUCCUGAAACACAGGUUUGAUGGAAGGAUAUCUAUUACAAGAGUUACGGCAGACAUCUCACUAGCAAAGAGAUCUGUGCUCAACAACCCAAGCAAGAGAGCCAUUAUUGAAAGAUCCAACACCAGGUCAAAUUUAGCGGAAGUCCAGAGUGAGAUUGAGAGGAUCUUUGAGCUGGCUAGAUCUCUGCAGCUGGUUGUUCUGGAUGCUGAUACAAUCAACCACCCAGCCCAGCUCCUUAAGACCUCAUUAGCACCCAUUAUUGUGCAUGUUAAAGUGUCUUCUCCCAAGGUCUUGCAGCGGUUGAUCAAAUCACGUGGGAAAUCACAGAGCAAGCACCUCAAUGUACAGUUGGUGGCUGCAGACAAGUUGGCUCAGUGUCCUCCAGAAAUGUUUGACAUUAUUUUGGAUGAAAACCAACUAGAGGAUGCAUGCGAACACCUGGCUGAGUACCUAGAAGCCUACUGGCGGGCAACACAUACAUCACUGAGCACUCCACUCAACCCUCUGCUCGGACGCAAUCUGGGCUCCACUGCUCUCACACCCUACCCCACAGCCAUAUCCACUCUGCAGAGCCAAAGAAACAGAAACAGGAAUCAUUCCAGCGAUCUUUCUCCAAUUGAGAAGCGCAGUCUGAUGACCGCAACUGAAAACUACCACAACACUGAACGUCAACAGAAGAGCAGGGAGCAAUGGCCACUGGUGGAGGAGGACUACACCGACCCAUACCAGGACACGUACAAACCACACAGGAGCCGUGGCUCUCCAGGGGGAUACAGCAACGACUCACACCACAGAACCUAAGUUCAGCCUCUGCUCCCUCUUCUGUCAGUGUCUGAGUCCUUUUCUGAUGCAUAGUUCCUUGUAUUCCCUCUUGUACUGGUUCUCAGCAAUGAGGAAAGAUUGGAGCACAUUUGCUUUAAUUAUGGCUGUGAAAUGUUUGUCAGAGAAAUUUGAAGUACAGUAUUCUGCAUUUCAAAAUUUCUCACCAAGGGAAAAUAUGAUCCUGUCUGGCCAAAUAAUUAAAUGCUAUCACUCUGGUAAUUCAUCUCACUAAGGAUCCAGGCCAGAAGAAUUCUGUGUCUUGUAAGUAGGUUCUGUGUAUUUGCAGGGUCAGACUAUAAAGCAGGGUGGCUCAGGUAAAGAUGUGUAAAUGGCACAAUGCCAAGACACUUUUGCAUGUAUUUAUUAAUGACUAGGAAUAAAGCGCACAAUUUCAGAGCAUAUGGUAUAGUAUAUGGUAUUUGUUCAUAUGGUAUCAGUUUUGAUUGAGAGUGCUCACAGAGCCUCAAGGAACAGGACAUACAAUGGUUAUAAGAGGUCUACAUGAAGCUGUUAAAUUUGAUUUGCAAAUUUGAUUGGAAUGAACCAAUCACAGUUAAACCCAUGUUUAAAUGUAAUUAUGUGAAAUCAUGUAUUAGCAAUUAAAUAAUUCUGAUUAGCCCUCGCCUAAGUUUCCUUAGAUUUUUGGUUUUGUCCAAAAUGGUUUGUGCAAAGCUUACAAAGCAUGUACAUCUUAUUAUAGAAAGCUAUAAGUCAGGAGGGCUACAAAAGAGUUUCCUGAACAUUAAAUAUACAGUGAAACACAGUGAUGUUACGAAGAACAGGAUGCAACUCUAACAUUGAAGUAAUGACAUAAAGAAAACAUAUUAGAAAGGCUGCAAAGAGACCCUUUAAAGGAGCUGCAGAAUAUCUGACAAAUACUGGCGACUUCUUUUCACAAUGAAAAACAUACAACAAAAUAGGGCUGCUAUUUAGGUCAGCAGGAGACAGUUGUGUGCGAUCAGUAGAGCAUGUGACCUGGUCGUGUGAGGUGCUGGGGCUGAUGGGAAAUGUUCUGCAACUUUACCAGUGCUAGCAUGACAUAUUUGAAUUUUGUUCCUUGCUAUAUCACUAAAGGUGGAAAAAGAUAUUCUACUAUUAAUAGUGAUUUAAUGAUAACACGAUUCUGAAAUAUAAGCCACAUUGUGUAGCAUACUGACACAGUCAUAUUUUUUUGUCUCAUAAGAGAAGACUGAAGUCAUAUUUGGUAAUAGUACCUUCUGUAAUAUAACUGCACAAUGGGUAUGUCUUUAAAGUAGAAUGGAGUUAAGUCAAAUAUUUAAAUGGGUAGAAAUCAAGAAACCUAGAUGUAAAUAAAUCAAAAAAAUGAUAUUUUGUAAUGAGAAAAUAAUUAUGUUUAACCUCUUAAUUCUGUCAGAUUUGUCUAUAGAGUAAGUUAAAGAAGCAAUAGAUUUAUAAUCAAUGAUCUAAAUGCACCAAUAUCAUUGAAAUAGAAGUAAAUAUUAAUAGUAAAUAUUCAGUGUUGGUAAGUGGUGUCCUAGAACUUCUGGAAAUGUUCUUAUUAUCUGCAGUAGCUGUUGACACGGAGCUCUUUAAGAUCAGACAGUAGCUUGUAAGAGUGUCCCCUGUUUUAUAGUGUGUGUUGUCUUUAAAGAAUAUGCAUGCAGGUAGGCUCUCAGUUGGACAGUGACAGAUUAUACGUAAAGCUUUAUCCACUAAGAAGUCAUCCAUUAAAGCAGUUUCCAAACCUGAGCCAAUCCAAUGAAGUGCAGUUGAGUAAAGUGUCCUUACUGUACUACUGCUGCCAGUUCCAUUCUGCCAGGCCUUUAGCAUUAUAGAACCCAUUAUUUUACAUCCAGCAACUUUCCAAAUUGUGUAGGAAACAACAGUAUACGUUCCGUUCAUUAGAAAGGGAAUCGAUAAUGUUGAAUCAAGCCUUCAUUAAGUCACACGACUCUGUAUUUGUUUUGUAUUUAUUUGUUUUAUUUAGUUACUGACAAAGAACUACAUUUACGCAAACAAGUCCAUGGGGCUUAACAUUUUGUUUUGCUAGCUGUUUUUUGUGCUUUAUAUAUAUAAAUAACACUUUCUUUGAAGGCAUAGAAAGAAUACAUUCAUAACCUGCAUUCAUAAGGCAUUAUGUACAAUAUUAGAAUUAUUUUUAAAACUGCAUUACAGUUUAUAGUAGUGGUUAUAAUACAUUUUCUGCUUAGGUCAUUUGGAGGUUUAGAGACACUGACUACAAAGCCAAUUAGAACGAUAGCUGUAAAGUGUCCUGCAAUUAUAUAAAUGAUUCCAAUAAGGUUUAAAAUGUAUAAAGAGUUCAUUAUGACAUGAUAUGUAUGUGUGAAUGUAUACAAGCUUUUUAACAAUGAUCUUCAUAGAAAGUUUUAAAACCUCUCUAUGGUUUGCGAAGAUUCAUACACUGAAUAAAUGAAACACCCCCCCCACACACACACAUACCUUAUUUAUUUAGUUAUUUAUGUAUACAUUCUAAAAGUCUAAAUUGAUAUGUGAUUGUAUGUUUGUUAUGUAUUAUAGCUAAUGCUCAGGGUCUUUAUAAUAUUGUGGCAUCAGGUUGUGACAAUUUUUAAUUUUUUUAGUUCCAAUUUCAUUUAAAAAAAAUAUAUACAGUAUAUAUAUAAAAAAAAAUCACAAGGUGUCCUGUCAUAUCACACAAUACACAAAUGUAUAGUUUUGUUUCAUUUGGUACACCACAUCAUGUUUUUCCCCCCUUUUUAAUUAGAAUACUUUUUAUUUGAAUUCCUUUCUCAUUGUCAUUGACAUGGUAUAAAUAAAACUCCAGAUAUAUUCUAGAUAGUUUUAGUUUAUAAUGAUGCUGCAUGAUGUAGACACAUUUCACUCAUUAAGAUGACAAGUUACUUUCCCCUCAUUUAUGAAUCCAGUAAAAC